CCUUCCCCUCUUAAAACCCCCACCGUCAAUAUCAAUACAAACCGGCUGGAUUGUGAGCAUAGAUUCAUCUGGAGCAUCAAGAAGUUGCCAUAUCUUGCGAUCGGCAAGGAACGAGCUCAAACAGACAGCGAUCUAGCAGCACACGCAAUCUAGCCCUUGACACAGGACCUCUACCGUCUUUUACCUACAGACCACUACUCCUUCUCGUCUCUUCUCUCACCACGGAGUACCGGGAAACUUCAACCAUGAACGCUUCGGAGCCGGCGAUGCUGCCAACAAAUGCUAGCGGCUCGACUCACGUCAAAGAGACCACCAUGGACGUUGACAUGGACGUGAACGGCAAUGAGAUUAGCAAGGGUAGUAAACGGGUAGCCUACUACUACGACCACGAUGUGGGGAACUUUUCAUACGGAAUCGGACAUCCUAUGAAACCUCAUCGGAUGAGGAUGACGCAUAAUCUGGUUCUGAAUUACGGGUUGUUGGAACAUAUGGACGUCUACCGACCAACCCGAGCGAACAAGACCCAGUUGACCAGGUUCCACUCGGACGAGUAUAUCGACUUCUUGGAGACUGUUACUCCUGAGACGGUCGAGGAGAUGACGGGCGGUGGGGUGCGAUGUUUGACCGGGGAAGACUGUCCAGCUUUCGAGGGCGUCUUUGAAUUCUGUUCCAUCUCCGCUGGAGGAUCUAUCGGAGCUGCCGAGCGACUAAACCGAGGAACAGCAGACGUGGCGAUCAAUUGGGCUGGGGGGUUGCAUCAUGCGAAAAAGACCGAGGCGAGUGGAUUCUGUUACGUCAACGACAUUGUGUUGGGGAUAUUGGAGCUGCUCCGACAUCACCCCCGAGUGCUCUACAUCGAUAUCGACAUUCAUCACGGGGACGGGGUGGAAGAAGCGUUCUACUCGACGGAUAGGGUGAUGACGGCGAGUUUCCACAAGUUUGGAGAUUACUUCCCUGGAACGGGGGAUGUCAAAGACACCGGGAUCAAGGCGGGCAAGAAUUACGCGGUGAAUGUGCCAUUACGAGAUGGGAUCAGCGACGAAGCUUAUCAGGACAUUUUUGAGACGGUCAUUCAACAUAUCAUGGACUGGUACCGGCCGACAGCGGUCGUCCUACAAUGCGGAGCCGAUUCAUUAGCAGGAGACAAGCUCGGUUGUUUCAACUUGUCUAUGGCGGGACAUGCGGCUUGUGCGAGGUUCGUCAAGAAGUUUGGAUUACCAACAAUUGUUGUUGGAGGUGGUGGAUACACAACGAAGAAUGUGGCCCGAGCAUGGACAAACGAGACGGCCGUGAUGUGCGGGCAAGAGCUGGACGAGAACUUGCCAUAUAACGAAUAUAUGGAAUACUUCGGCCCACGAUAUAAGCUGGAGGUGUUGCAGAACAACAUGGACGAUUACAACAGCACGGAAUACCUCUCGAACAUAAAACAACGCAUCAUCGAGAACCUGCGGUCGAUGCCAUUCGCACCUAGUUCACAGAUUCGAGCUGUGCCGGGCGCUUCGGUCGGACAAGCGAUCGGCUCGUCGACAAAAGGCUUUGUUCCGGACGACGAUGUCGACUUUGAGCUGGAUAGCAAGAUCAGAGAUAUCGUCCGAGCUAGGACGGCGGGAGAUGCGUUGUCGGAUGACGAGGAGGAGCCGAUGGACAGCGAGGACGACGCGGCGGAUGUUGGCACGGCGUUUGGUCGCUCGAAUCGACGGAAACGACAAGGUGGCGUGAGCGCACGGACCGGCAAGGUGUCCAUGGGCAGUACAACCGGACGAACGAAUGGUCGACAACGAGGAAAGCAGACGAUCGUAUCGGGUUACUCGAAUUCGCUCGUCGAUGUCAACGCUCGUUUAGGUUCGACCGGCAGCUCUGCUACUGGUCCGCGAAAGAAGAGGUCGUUCUUCACUGCUUCCAACCUGCCACCCAUCAUGCCACUAGGCGCGCUGGCAGCAAACGGUACGAGCGGUAUGGAACACAUCCCUGUUCAGACCAAGGCGGGGAACGGAAAGACAUCGGCAAUACGAGGAUCAGCUGCAGUGAGGAUAGGCGAUUCGAGUUCGCGUUCAAGGAUAGGUAGCCCGAUGAGUGUAGCUUGAGACAGGAGGAUCAAACCCGGUUGUAUGACAUCAAUGAUUCCGCAGCGAACAGGUUCGGGUGUUGGGAAACGAGAAAGGGGUAGAAAUUUACGUUUUGUGCUCAGAGAAAGGAGUGGCAUUCAAGAAUAAAGGAGCUGGAUCCGGGAUUGAUCUCGUCACGUCAAGGGAGAGCGUCACGACAACGGAAGCGUUAGGGGACAGAUCAAAGGAAAGGCCAACGCUCAACAAACGAGUUAGGGGUGUGCACAACGGUCGCACGGGCUACGACAGUAUAAAUCUAUUCCCUUUCAUCAGCUGAACUCCAAACAACCCUCUUCACACGACAUCUCGAACGACAU